GGAUUUUAUUCUUGAACGUCGGGAUGAAAGAAUAAGGGAUGGUAAAUUGAAAGGGCAAAUAACUAAAAUAACUAUUAAAAAUUGUCCGAAAGUAAAAGAACUCAAUCUUAAUAAUAAUGAAAUUAGUGAAAUUAUUUUGGAAGGUGAGUUUCUUAAUUUAGAGCGAUUGGAGUCACAUGAUAAUAAAUUGAAGGAAAUUGAUAUUAGCAAGGCUCCUAAUUUAACUUUCCUGAGUGUUGCUCGUAAUCCUAUUAACAACAUAAAGGGAUUAGGAGUAUGGGGAAUGAAAGGAUGCUAUCAAAAGCGUUUGGAUGAGUUAAAAAAUCGUCCUACUACGGACUAUUCUGGUCCACUAAAAGAAAUAUUGGGAUUAAACCCUGCUGAUAAUUUACCGGUUAAUUGGCAAGAUCAAUUAGCCAAAAAGGAUGAUUUAGCAGCCGCCCAAAGUGAUUUAAAAGACCCCGCUGAGGUAGAAAAUGAAAAUAAGAAAGCCGUGAACGAUUUACAAAAAGAGUUGGAUGGCAGAUUCCCCGACAAAACACCGCAAGAAGUGGCAAAUGAGUUGAAUGAUUUAAGGGAUAAACCAACCGGUUCAACUCUCACGGCCGAGCAGGAGAAGAAAUUAAAUGAUUACGAAAUAAUGGCAGCAUAUUUGGAUGAGAACUUAGGAGGAGAGUGA